AUGUCGAAGGCUUUAACCCUCAAAGUAAGCAACGCAAACGCAGUCAAGGUGGAAAACUUCCGCCGGUCUCUCCACCAGGAGGCAGAGAACUUGUUCUCUAACUACAUCCCUCUGAAGAUUAUUCAGCUGGACGCUCUGCUCAAGGAUGAUGCUCUCAGCAUCACAGACAUGUCCUCACUUCAUGCUCCUCUGGACAUCCCCAUACCUGACCCUCCCUCACCAGAGGACGAGGAAAUGGAGACCGACAAGAAUGAAGAAGACAAGAAGAAGAAGAAAGCUCCAAAAUGUGGUUUCAUCAAGGGGAAUGAGAAGAUUAUGAUGCUCCUAAACAAAGUGAAGCCAGAGAUCGUCGCUCUCAGAGAGACCAUCAUCAUGGUGUCCUCCUGGAUCCAGCACCUCAUUCCAAAGAUAGAGGACGGGAAUGACUUUGGAGUGGCCAUCCAGGAGAAAAUCCUGGAGAGGAUUGCUGCUGUUAAGACCAGCGUGGAAGGCUUUCAGACCAACAUCAACAAGUACUUCUUGGAAAGGGGGGACGCGGUUGGCAAAGCCUCCAAAGAGACUCAUGUGAUGGACUACCGCUCACUUGUCCAUGAGAAAGACGAGACCAUCUUCUCCGAGAUCAAGGUGAUCUUGCUUGACAUCCGUGGAUUCUAUGCUGAAUUCUAUGACAUCAUCAACAAAAACCUGGAGAAGGUGAUAAAUCCAAAAGGAGAGGAGAAGCUGUCGAUGUACUGA